CGGUAAAAGACCAUGCGCCAGUGACUCACGCACAAGAUACCGUGGGUCAAACAGCCCAAGCCGAUCUGACUGCAAACCAAACCCAAGCAACUGCAAAAAGGUCUUGACAUGAUUUCAUAACUAAUACUUUGUAUUUCAAUAAUAAGAUGAUGGCAGUUUGACUGCAAACAGUUUACUCUUUUGCAGCUUGGGCAGUUUUUUGUUAUUUGAACGCGUGUCUAUGGCCUUCCAAAAGUGGACUUACAAAUUACGACCUUUCCCACAGUUUUUGACGCGGUUCAUUUCGCAGUCAUCAACCUCGCCCCCUUUAUAUAGUGGACUUACGCAGCAGUAGCAGUCUUUCCCACGCCAGAUUUUUCGACAUCUUUCAUCGGUCCCAUUCAUCUGCCUUUUUCCAUCGUUUCCCACUUACCCACAUACUCUUAUCACAACUACACCGUCCUCAACAACACUUUUUAACCACACCCAUCCAAAAAUGUCUGGAAAGGGAAAACUACCCGACGUGAACCCGUCCGACCUUACCACUGGCGAUUCCAGUGACGAUACGGCUCUCGCCAUUUUGAAGAAGAAGGCGUCACCAAACAAGCUCAUCGUGGAUGAUGCCACCAACGAUGACAACUCAGUCUGCACCCUCAACACCGCCACCAUGGAACAGUUGAACCUCUUCCGCGGAGACACUGUUCUUCUCAAGGGCAAGAAGCGCAAGGACACUGUUCUCAUUGUUUUGGCGGAUGACAAUGUCGAGCCUUCAAAGAUCCGUAUCAACAAGGUUGUACGUAACAACCUUCGUGUGCGUCUUGGUGAUGUUGUCUCGGUACAUUCUUGUUCGGAAAUCAAGUACGGAAAGCGUAUCCACGUUCUUCCCAUUGAUGACACCAUUGAGGGCAUUACCGGAAACCUUUUCGACAUUUACUUGAAACCGUACUUUUUGGAGGCCUACCGACCAGUACGAAAAGGCGACUUGUUUGUCGUUCGUGGAGCCAUGAGGGCUGUAGAGUUCAAAGUUGUAGAGUGCGAUCCAGCACCUUAUUGUAUCGUCGCACAAGACACGAUCAUUCACUGCGAAGGCGACCCCAUCAAACGGGAGGAGGAGGAGCAAAACUUGAACGAAGUGGGCUACGAUGAUAUUGGUGGUGUGCGAAGGCAGCUUGCACAGAUUCGUGAACUGGUCGAACUCCCACUUCGCCAUCCCCAGUUGUUCAAAAGUAUCGGUAUCAAACCUCCCAGGGGUAUCCUCAUGUUUGGUCCCCCGGGUACCGGUAAAACUCUGAUUGCUCGUGCAGUUGCCAACGAAACCGGUGCUUUCUUCUUCCUCAUCAACGGCCCGGAAAUCAUGUCCAAGAUGGCUGGUGAAUCCGAGAGUAACCUCCGAAAAGCUUUUGAGGAAGCCGAAAAGAACAGCCCGUCCAUCAUCUUCAUUGAUGAAAUUGAUGCUAUUGCGCCCAAGCGUGAAAAGACCAACGGUGAAGUCGAGCGUCGUGUUGUGUCCCAACUUUUGACUCUCAUGGAUGGAUUGAAGGCACGCUCCAACGUGGUUGUCAUUGCGGCAACUAACCGUCCAAACAGUAUUGACCCUGCCUUGCGUCGUUUUGGACGUUUCGAUCGUGAGAUUGACAUUGGCAUUCCUGAUCCCACUGGACGAUUGGAGAUCCUUCGUAUUCACACAAAGAACAUGAAACUGGCCGAUGAUGUAGAUUUGGAGCAAAUUGCGGCCGAGACUCACGGUUUCGUCGGUGCUGAUAUGGCCUCCCUCUGCUCAGAGGCUGCAAUGCAACAGAUCCGUGAAAAGAUGGAUUUGAUUGACUUGGAGGAGGAAACUAUUGACGCUGAAGUUCUAGACAGCCUUGCGGUAUCCAUGGAAAACUUCAGAUACGCUCUUGGUAUCUCCAACCCAUCUGCUCUGCGAGAAACCAUUGUCGAAGUGCCCACUACAACGUGGGACGAUAUCGGUGGGUUGGAAAAGGUCAAGCAGGAGUUGCAAGAGACUGUCCAGUACCCCGUGGAACACCCCGAAAAGUUUUUGAAGUUUGGUAUGAACCCCAGCAAAGGUGUCUUGUUCUACGGGCCCCCUGGUUGUGGAAAAACACUCCUUGCCAAGGCUAUUGCGAAUGAAUGUCAAGCCAACUUUAUCAGUAUCAAGGGACCUGAGUUGCUCACUAUGUGGUUCGGAGAGUCUGAGGCGAACGUACGUGAUGUUUUCGACAAGGCACGUGCAGCAGCACCUUGUGUCAUGUUCUUUGACGAGUUGGACUCUAUUGCCAAGGCUCGUGGAUCAGGGGCUGGUGAUGCAGGUGGUGCGGGUGACCGUGUGUUGAACCAGAUUUUGACUGAAAUGGACGGUAUGAACGCAAAGAAGAACGUCUUUGUCAUCGGUGCUACCAACCGUCCCGACCAGAUUGAUCCCGCAUUGCUCCGUCCUGGUCGUUUGGAUCAGCUCAUCUACAUCCCCCUCCCGGACGAGAAAUCACGUAGGUCGAUCCUGGGCGCAACGCUUCGCAAGUCGCCCGUUUCAAAGACUGUCGACCUCGACUACAUGGCAAAAAUGUCGAACGGAUUCUCUGGAGCUGAUCUUACUGAGAUUUGCCAGCGUGCCUGCAAGCUGGCUAUCAGGGAGUCCAUCGAAAAGGAAAUUAACCGCGAACGUGCACGAAAGGAUGCUCAAUCUCGCGGUGAGGAGCUCAUGGAUGACGAUGAAGACCCAGUGCCCGAAAUCACUCGUGCUCACUUUGAGGAAGCAAUGAAGUUUGCCCGCCGAUCAGUGUCUGAUAAUGACAUUCGCAAAUAUGAGAUGUUUGCUCAAAACUUGCAGCAGCGACUUGGAUUUGGGGGAUCUUUCAAGUUCCCUGAGUCUGGAAGUGGGGCAACCGGCGGGAAUGAAGGCGCAUUUGCGGAAGACGUAACUGCCGAUGAUGAUCUCUACUCGUAAGCAUGUCACUGUUUCUGGUUGCUUUGCUCUAUGGCGUGAUGCGCGGAAUGUUGGUAGUUUUGGAGAGGGGUGGUUCUAUUUAGAGGGAGUGUUUGCAGAGCUUGGGGUCUUUUUUCCCACUCUCGUCUUUUGAAAAUGUUUUUCGUUUGCUGGCAAGGUUCUCCCGUUUUGUAAUAUAUUCGGAUGAAUAAAUAUUUUCCUUUGCAUGAA